AUGAAGAUAGCAAGUUGUUUGCUUGUUGUUUUAUUUCUUUUAACUAUUUAUGUAACAAGAAUUGAUGUUCGUUCAGUUCUACAAUAUUCUAUUAAUCAAUUAGUAAACGAAGAUGAUCAAUCGAGUUUAAUACAUAAUAGUGUUAGUAGUUAUCGUCAUCGUUUUGAACAUUCUACUAAUUUUCAAUCACUUCGAUGGUCACUUAGAAAAUUAAAAAAUGAUGAAUUAUGUGAAUUUUGUGAUUUAAUGGUACCAGUAAUUCGAAUAUUAAUUGAAACCAAUCGAACAUCACAUUUAGAUGAUGUACUUAUGUUUAUAUGUAAAGAAUAUAAAAAAAUUGAUCAAAAUGUUUGUACAGGUGCAGUUCAAGAAUACAAAGAUGCUGUUCUAGAAAUAAUUACUACAUCACCACUUAAUAACAAAGGUUUAUGUGCUAUUGCAUUUCAAUGUGAAGCACAAUUUGAUUUUCCACUUUUAAAAUGGAAUAUUACAUUACCUGAUAAACCAAAACCACAACCAAAACCACCACAACCACCAUCGCCAGAAUCACCUAAAUUAACUAUUCUUCAUCUAUCAGAUAUUCAUAUUGAUUUUGCUUAUAAACCAGGAUCAUUAGCUGAUUGUCCUGAACCUUUAUGUUGUCGAACAGGUCAACCUGCGGCUAAUCAAACAGGUGCAGGUUUCUGGGGUGAUUAUAGAAGUUGUGAUAUACCAUAUUGGACUGCUGAAGCUUUAUUAAAACAUAUUGUUGAAAUUGAAAAUAUUGAUUUUAUUUAUUAUACUGGUGAUUUACCACCUCAUAAUGUAUGGAAUCAAUCACGUUCUGAUCAACUUUAUUCAAUACGUACUAUAAAUCAAUUAUUAACAACACUUUUUCCUAAUAAAAUAUUCUAUUCAGCCGUUGGUAAUCAUGAGGCAGCACCUUGUAAUAUGUAUCCAACACCUAAUAUUCGAUCUGAUAAUAUAUCUUGGUUAUAUGAAGUAUUAGCUGAUAAUUGGAUAAAACUUGGUUUACCAGAAGAUACACGUGAAAGUAUUUUACAAGGUGCUUUUUAUACAACAAUAAUACGGCCUGGUUUACGUUUAAUAUCAUUGAAUAUGAAUUAUUGUGCUCAAGAUAAUUUUUGGUUAUAUAUUAAUUCAACUGAUCCUCUUAAUCAACUUCAAUGGUUUAUUCAAUGGUUACAAUAUGCUGAAGAUCAUGAAGAAAAAGUUCAUAUUAUUGGACAUCAUCCACCAAAUUCAUGUUUAACAGCAUUUAGUUGGAAUUAUUAUAAAAUUAUUAAUCGAUAUGAAAAUACAAUUGCUGGUCAAUUUUUUGGACAUAUACAUGCAGAUGAAUUUACUAUAUUUUAUGAUGAAAUUGAUCAAAAACGUCCUGUUUCAAUGGCUUAUAUUGGUCCAUCAGUAACUACUUAUUCACAUCUUAAUCCAGGUUAUCGUAUUUUUACAAUCGAUGGCAAUUAUUCUGGUAGUUCAUAUUGGGUACUUGAUCAUCGUACUGUAAUUAUGAAUUUAACAGCAACAAAUAUAUAUAAUCAAACAAUAUUUCUUGAUGAAUAUAAUGCACGAGAUGCUUAUCAAAUGAAAUAUUUAUUUCCAAAUGAUUGGAAUGAUCUUAUUGAAAGAUUACAAAAUGAUAUUGAUGGUUCAUUAAUGGGUUUAGUAUAUCAAUAUUCUAGAAAAUCUCAAAGUACUUAUUGUGAUCAUAUUUGUCGACGAGGACUUUUAUGUAAAUUAAAAUCUGCUCGAUUUGAAGAUCCUCAUGCAUGUGAUUCAAUUCCACCAUUUUAA